UAUUGUUUUUUGCGCAAAUUUGGGAGAAAUUAAAUACAAAAAAAAAAAAUGCAUUUGUGUUGGGUUUUUUGUUGUUGAAUCGGAUUCAACAAAUUGCCCAAAUUUCAAGUGAAAAUCGUCGAUAAAUGAAAAUUCACGUAAAUUAUUGAAAAUAUUUUGACUCCCGGCUCGCAGCGAACGUUAAAACGGGAUCGUUUGGAGGUCUUUGAAAUUUGAAAAGAGAAAAGAAAAUGUUAAAAUUUCAAAUACAGUCCAAAACGAUUGGAAAAUAAGCGACGAUCGCCAACUGGAAAUGGUCUCUCAAUGCAAUUGCCCAUGCUAAAUAAGCAGUUAAUUCAAUCUAACGAUCGAUUAAUCGAUCUGUUGUGUGUGCGAAAAAGCAAGAAAAAAGCAAAGAAAAUGCAAGAAAUCUAAUUGAAAAUAAAAAAAAUUCAGUAUCUAGUAAGAAAAUUGAAAAAGAAAAAAAGUAUCACGAAAAUGUGCUAGUGAACGAGUUGAAGAUAUCUAUUAAAAUCCGCCGUUAAGCAAAAGCUAUAGAGUUAAUGCUCUCUCACAAAUCGGGAUAUUUGUUCAAUGGGAGGAGCGCGCCCAUUUAAAAUUAUGCGCCUCCACAACGGCAUACGAGAAAUGCUAUAUAGAUCGUGAUCGUAAACGAAACAUGGUACGCGACAGCAGCCGUAACAUUUGUUUUGGAAAAUUAGCCGAAACUACGCAGCAGCAACAACAACAAAUCGCCGUGGAUAGUAGCAGCAGCAACAGCAGCACCAACACCAAUAACAACAACAAUAAUAAUAAUAAUAACAAUAAUCAGAAACUACGCGAUACAUUAAAAAGGUCUACAGAAGAACCACCGACAAACAGCUUCGAAAGGAACUAUUACGAUCGCAGCCGCUUAGUCUAUCAAGCCAGCAACGCAGCAGCAGCAGUAGCGACAACUGCCAACAGCAACACAAACAGCAACAGCAACAGCAGCAGCGAUAGAUCGCGCGCCCGAGAUCGUCUUUACAGGAAUGGUUCAGCAGCAGCCGCAGCAGCAGCAACAGCAGCAGUUGGUGCGUCAGCUACAAGUAGCAACAGCAACACGACGACAACGACAGCAGCAACAGCAGCAGCUGCAGCGGGAGUGGGCGCGGUUGCAAUUGCAGCUGGAGCAGCGACAGCAGCAGGAGCAGGACAAGCAACUGGUGGUGCCGGAUUCGGAGUGGGUGGAUUUGGUGGUGGUGGUGGGCCACCAUUGGGCGAUCGGAGCAACAACAACAACAUCAUUAACCAAAACACACGCGUACCGCAGUCAUGGUACGAAGCUGCGGCUACUGCGACAGCGCAUCUGAAAAGUCCUGGUGGCAGUGGCAAUGCCGGCGUCUCAGCAGCUGGCAGCAUAAUGAGCUCACCGAUCAAUCAUCAUUCACAUCCACAUCCACAUCAGCAUCAGCAUCAUCACUACAACAACACAUCCGCCUCGUAUUCAUCACCCGCCCACUCGCAUACGAUAGCAGCAGCGGCGGCGGCAGCCGCAGCAGCAGCGGCGUCCAUUACGACGGCCAUGCACCGGAGUGUGGCGUAUGCGGGCAGUGCUGCGGAUGAAGCAACAACCACUUUAAAUUCUGCCCGCAAAAUUCACCUGCACCACAACAACAACAGCAGCAGUGGCAGCAGCAGCAGCAGUAGAAGUCCCGCUGCUGGUGGUGUCAGCAAACUAAAUAAGCUGCUCAAAACGACGGCAGCAGCGCGCUGCGGCUCCGAGUCGCCUUUGAGUGGUGCAGCGGCAGUGGCAGCGGCAGCGGCAGCGGCAGCAGCGACGACAAGUACAAUCACAAACAAUAGUUUUAGUAGUAAUAGUUUAAAUAAUACAAUAAACACGGCCACUCCAACGAUGCCAAUUGCAACAACAGCAACAUCUACAAGUGGCAACAGUAAUAGCAACAGCAACAGCAACAGCAACAGUGGCGACAUUUUAAAUGUUGCCGCUGCCGCGUUGGCCGCCGUCGUGGACAAUGGCAAUGCGACAACACAGAAUGUGAACGAUGGUCGAGCACCGCGACAUCAUUUGCAUGGACGUAGCACCACCUCGUCCAGUCGCUCCCAUUCACGAUCGCCGAGCAGUUAUAGUAGCUCGCACAGCUCAUCGUCGGCCUCAUCGCACACAUCGUCGCAUUCGCACGCGUCCAGCCCGAUAUCGGGCAAUUGUGCCGAUGCACUCGUUGGUGGCGUUGGUGGCAUUGCAGGAACAGCGCACCGCAGCUCACGCAGUUUGCAGUCCUGUGUGACAGUUGGCAGCAACUCUUCAAAUCCCAGUGGCAAUGUGGGCGGCGGGUGUGGCUCCAGUAGCAGCAGCAGCAGCAGUUCUAGCAGCAGCAGCAGCUCCUGUUUGGCCGCCAAUCCGGUGGUUCAUUCCGAAGAUAAUCGUCCGUUGGCGAUACGAGUCCGUAACCUGCCCGCCCGUUCCUCGGACACAUCCCUCAAGGAUGGUCUCUUUCACGAGUACAAAAAGCAUGGCAAAGUCACGUGGGUCAAGGUUGUGGGCCAGAAUUCGGAACGCUAUGCGCUCGUCUGCUUUAAGAAACCGGACGAUGUGGAGAAGGCACUGGAAGUGUCCCAUGAUAAACAUUUCUUUGGCUGUAAAAUCGAAGUGGAGCCCUAUCAGGGCUACGAUGUGGAGGACAAUGAGUUUCGACCCUAUGAGGCCGAACUGGACGAAUACCAUCCCAAGUCCACACGAACGCUAUUCAUUGGCAAUCUGGAGAAGGAUAUUACGGCGAGUGAGCUGCGUGUCCACUUCGAAAGCUUUGGCGAAAUCAUCGAGAUCGACAUCAAGAAGCAAGGACUCAAUGCCUACGCCUUUUGUCAGUAUUCGGACAUUGUGUCUGUGGUGAAAGCGAUGCGGAAAAUGGAUGGCGAGCAUUUGGGCAGCAAUCGCAUCAAGCUCGGCUUUGGCAAGUCCAUGCCAACGAAUUGCGUAUGGAUUGAUGGCGUGGGCGAGAAGGUGUCCGAGUCGUUUUUGCAAUCGCAAUUCACGCGCUUUGGCACUGUGACCAAGGUGAGCAUCGAUCGCAUGCGGCAAUUAGCUUUGGUGUUGUACGAUCAGGUGCAGAACGCUCAGGCGGCUGUCAAGGAAAUGCGCGGCACGAUAAUGCGUGGACGCAAGCUCCAAGUGGACUUUGCGUCGCACGAGUGCCAGGACGCCUUCUAUGACAAGCUGGAGAAGCAGCAGCAACAGCAGCAACAACAGCAGCAGCUGCAACCUCAACCGCAGCCACAACAGCCAGCACAACAGCCCAAUGCGGCAUCUGCCUCCUCGCGCUUUAAUCGCUACGAGUCAUCACAGUCACGUUCGCGAGCCUCGUCCUUCAGUCGGCAUCAGAACUCGAACGAUGGUUGUUCGCCGGGCGGCAAUACGCCGGGCAGCAGCACCGCCUCCACCGCCACCGCCAGCAGCAGCAGCAGCAGCGGGAGCAUCUCGGCUAGCAAUGCGAUGCCAGCGCCGAGUCUUGCUUCGGCAGUUGUGAGCGGAAACAGUGGAGGAGCAACCGCAGCGUUGUCCUCGACUGCGGGUUGCCCACAGAAUGCCAUGCCCAUGUCGCCGGCGGCGAUGGUGCAGGCGCGUAUGCGUAUGGCGCGCAAUGCGAGGCACACCAUCGACUUUGACUUCAACGAUACGGGUCGACGGUUUCGCAACUUUGACGAGCACGCGAGCAACAACAACGGCAGCAGUGGCAACAAUCAAAUGCAGGACGAGGAGGCGAACGCGGCGGUGCGCUCAGAUUCGCCCGUCAUUGCACGCCUCGGACCCGCUGUCAAUAGCAGCAGCGCCAGUGGGAGCGGGAGUGGCACUCCGAUCAGCGACACGCUCGAGGGGACGCUGAACAGCAGCGGAAGCAACAGUCGUCGGCGUUGUGAACAACAACAACUUGACGAGUGCCCGUCCAGUGGUGAUGAGGGCGUGGUCAGUCCGCGCAAGCGCAUCAAAAUGGAUUACCAUCAUCAUCAUCAUUCCAAUGCCAGUGCGCAACUGCAUAUGCUGGAUCAGAACAGCGACUCGUUGGCCUCUGGUCAUGGCAGCAGCAGCAACAGCAACAACAACAACAAGCCCAGUCCGCUGUCCAACUGUGAUGUAAUACAUGAUCCUCUCAAUCGCAAAAGCGAAAUUCGUCGCGUCUCGGAGGCGAAUAAAUUUUCAGCGAUUGCACCACCGCCCACACAACACCACAAUAUGAUGCUCAGCAGCCGGCGGCCAUCGAUUGAUGUUGGCGCCUUGACAGCGCUGUCCAAUUCGUCGGCCUUUCGCCACGGCCUGGUCGGCGCGAGCAGCAUGGAUCAGCAGCAUCUGAUGAAUGCAUCGCUGGCAGCGAAACGACGUCGAGUUACAGCUAGCACGCUGCAGCUCUCGCAGCCGCAGCCGCUGCAACAGCAGCAGUCAACGUCGUCGUCGUCGUCGUCAUCGAUGUUGUUGUCCUCCUCAUCCGCCGCAGCCGCCGCCAACAGCAAUAGCAGCAGCAACAGCUGUGGAUUACCACCUACGCUGGCAGCGCCCAUGCCCAAUGAUGACUAUCAUCAUCAUGCGUCGCGUGGCCGGGGCCAUCAGCUACAUUCCCAUCACUCACACGAGGCCAGCGGGGGCGAGAGCGCCGACGGCUCACGGCCGGGCACGCCGCUGUGCGAUGAACGGCCAGAGGUGUUGCCCACCGAGCCGCGUCGUCUGCCGCCGGCAAGGGAACGGACACGGGAGCGCGUGCGCGAGGUAAUGUGGCUGCCGUUGCCCAAAUUCGGCGUGCUCUUCUUUCAACAGCAGCGGAGUGCUGGCAGCAGUGGCAGUGGCGCGGGUAGCGGCGUGUCCAGCUACCUGCAGCAGCUGACGACGACAGCAUCGUUGCUCAACAAUAACUCUAGUCUAAGUGCAGGAGCUGCGACGACAACCUCAGCAUCAUCAUCGUCAGCAACUGCGUCCAGUUUAUCGUUUCUGCCCUCACCCACGUUACGCUAUUGGCGCUCCUCCAAUCACCACCAUCACCAGCACCACCAUCACCAUCAGCAGCAGCAGCAGCAGCAGCAGCAACAACAGCAGCAGCAACAACAACAGCUGCAGCAAUCCUCGUCGUCCUCCUCAUCGAUUGGCCUAAUGGCCAGUCCGGCGCGUCCUCGCUCGCUGAGCUCCAACUCAAGCGACUCGGAUGUGCCCAGUGGCCAGACGGGUGGCAGCCCCUCGUUGGAUGAGCGACUGCGCAACUUUGAGGAGAACUACGAGCGCUGGUCCGGUGGCAGCAGCAGCACCAAUCCCAACCAUGGCCAUGGCAGUCAUGGGCAUAGCAGCAGCAGCAGCCAGUCGAAUGCGCUGCCCUCGUGGCAGCUGUCGAUGCACUCGACGAACCUCAGUGGUCUCAGCUCGUCGCAUCAGGCUGGUUCCGGCAACAGCAACAGCUCCAGCGGCACUGUCUCCAGUUCGACGAGCAAUUCGCGUCACAAAUUUCUUGACAUUGACGAGCUGCAGCCGUCGGACAUUGUCAAGUCGCUGUUGGCCAAGAAGUCCGUCUUCGACGAUGACUUUCAGCGCCUCAAGAAGAACCAAUGGUACGAGCCGGCAAGCACUGAUUUCGGCACGGGCUCCACAAGCUCGGCGAAUGCGCGGCAUGGUGGCCUAUGCAGUGGUAACACCUCGCCAGCUUUGCCCAAUUUAGCGGCAACGAAGACAACGCCCAUCAUAGCCAACUGCAGCAGCAGCAACAGCAGCAAUCUGGGCGGCAACAGCACCGGCAGCAGCAGCAGCUGCAAGACAGGCGGUCUGCUGCAGCGUUUGAGCAGCUUGUCGCCCAUGAAUUCGCCGCAAGCGUCCAUGUCGCCUUACAACAGCCCGUCGCCGUCGCCCUCGGUCGUUGGUGUUCAGUUGGCCAAGCCCAGCUUGAGCAGCAGCUGCAACAGCAGCAGCAGUACAACAACAGCAGCAGCAACGACAGCGGCUGCAACAGCAACGGCGGCAGCAGCAGCAGCUGCCACCAAGGGAUUGCAGUAUCCAUUUCCCAGUCACCCGCCAUUGCCAAACACGGCUGCUCCGCCGCCGGCGAUACAACCAGCGCCGCCACCGCCACCGGAGGUGCCCAAGACGAAGCCAACCACGUCCUCCUCUGCGGCCAGUCAAUCGCUCAGCAAGAGUCUCAGUGUGCCAGGGGCAACGACAGAGGCGCGAUCUGUGCUGCAGAAGUCCGUCUCAGUGCCGGGAAGCACGAAUGUGGGCACCACUGGAAGCAGCAGUGCAUCCUCUAACGGUAACAGUUCCUCAACAGCAACAGCAACAGCCACACACGUACAAAAGCAAACGCCAAACCAUUCAAUGGAUGAAGUGGAGUCCAAAGGCAAUGCCAAAAGCUCAAGCUCAAGUGCAGCAACCGCGACGAGCUCCUCGACGUCCAAGAAGAACAGCAGCAGCAGCGAUAAGUCGCACAGCAGCAAACACAAUAAUCGCUCCGAUUCGGAAAAGAAGUCCAAGAAGUCUUCCUCCUCCUCCUCAUCGUCCGCAAAUGCGACUAGUUCGGAGAAGCGCAAGAAUUCGGCCACAUCGCAAUCCUCCAAGUCGGCAACGCCCAAAGUGGACGAUGAGUCCAGCGAUUCGGAUGAGCCACUGGAGAAGCCUGACAAGGAGCAAUCACAGCAACGUCUGGAGCGCGAGAAGGAGAAGGAGAAGGCGCAGCAUAAGGAGAGACAGGAGCGUGAGAAACGUGAGAAGGAGCUGCGCAAGCAACAGGAGCGUGAGGAAAAAGAGCGCAAAGCCCAAGAGGAACGUGAGCGUGAAGAGCGCAAAGCCAAAGAAGAAAAGGAAAAGGAGCGAGAGCGUGAACGAGAACGUGAACGUGAAAGGGAACGUGAACGUGAACGGGAACGUGAAAGAAAAGCUCAAGAGGAGCGUGAGCAAAAGGAGCGCGAGGAGCUACGCGAGAAGGAGCAGCGCGAAAAGGAGCUACGCGAAAAGGAACAGCGCGAGAAGGAGCAGCGUGAGCAGGAGGCACGGCAUGCACGCAUGCGUGACAUGUGCGCCUAUCACAAAAACAAAUCCGAUGCGAGUUCCGAGGCGAGCAGCUUCUACGCCCACAAUGCAGCCACGCCCAGUGAGAACAAUAAAGAAAAUGCUGCAGCUACUGAUAUGGCAACACAGCCAACAACAACAACAACAGCAGCAGCUGGAGCUGGUGCAGGAGCAGCAACUGUUGCUAGCUCAGCCCCAACUGAGAGCAACAGCAACAAGGAUCGUUCACGCAAAUCCUCGCGGAAUUCACCAACGCCCAGCAGUGGACGACAGCACAAGCGACGCCUCAGCUCGCAGGACAGCAACCACAGCGGUGGCGGCGGUGCUGGUGGUGGACAGAAUCAUGAGGAUUAUGUGAAACGCAUACGCAUGGAAAACCCGAACAGCACUACGAGCAAUCCUCAUCAGCGGCUCAGCGAUCGUCGUGACUCCAAGGAGCACAAGAACAGCAGCAGCAGCGGCGGCUGCAAGGAGGAGAAGACCAGCUCCUCGUCCAAGUCGCAUGGCAACAGCAGCAGCAACAGCAGUUCCAAGCACCAUCGGCGCGACAAGCAUCACAGCAAAAGCACCAGCAGCACUGAGAUCAAUCAUACCGAAUUGGAUAACAAGCAGCAACAGCAACAGCAACAACAGCUGCAACAGCAGCAGCAGCAGCAGCAGCAGCAACAACAGCAGCAGUUGCACACGCUCAACACCAGCGAGGAGGAGCAACAGCAGCCCUCCCAGUCGCAGCAGCAACAGCAGCAGCAAUCGCAGUUGCUGCAUAAGCAACGGGAGCAUCAUCAUCAUGGCAGCUCCUCGUCGUCGUCGCGGCACAAAAGCAAACGAGAUCACCAUCAUCAUCGCGAGAAGAAGCGGCAUUCGGUGGCCGAGUCCACCAAUACGGAUGAGGAGCCCAGCCACAAUCCACACAGACGCAUCUCAGCAGCGGGUAGCUCGGCAGGCGAGCUUAGCUCGAACACAAAUACCUCCAGCAGCAAGUUGCAGCAGCACCAUCAGCAGCAGCAGCAGCAGCAACAGCAUCAACAACAACAGGCGCAGCAGCAGCAGCAGCAGCAAUCGCAUCAUCAUCAUCAUCAUCGGCGCAGCGUGGACCGCAAAUCGUCACGCGGCUCUGAUGAGGGCGGCGCCUCCUCGAAGAGCGCUUCGCAGCCGCGCAAGAUGAUGCUCAGCUCCGCGGAUUCAGAUGACACAGACGAUGCAUCCAAGAAGCAUUCCAUAUUUGAUAUACCCGACGAUUGUCCCAACGUAUCAAUGUACGAUAAAGUGAAGGCGCGCAGCUGCAAGAAUAUGCAGCGCCAAGCCGAGGAGAAGAAGAUCAAAGCCAAGUUCUCACAGCUGAAGCAGUCGCGUGCGAAAAAGAAACGAUCCACCAGCUACGACGGAGACAGCGAUACGGAGUUCGAGGAUCGCAUGCAUCAUCGGCUCAGCGGCAGCAGCAGCUUCCAUGGGCGCAAUCAUGGGGGCCUGAGCAGCAGCGACGAUGACAUGGAUGAUGCCGAUGGCUUUCGCAAGAUGUCGCACAGUCGCAUAUUCUCCGACUCGGAUGCAGAUGGCGAGGUGGAUGCGGAGACUGACGAUCUCAAUGCUAGUCGCAUGCGCCAGCAAAUGCAACAGAAUCUACGACGUCUGUGCGAUGGCGACGAUAGCUCCGAGGAUGAGAUUCGUCGCAAUGUGAUCAGCCACGCGGGCAAACGGAAUUGCCUUUCGACGCGUAUUGCCUCCGAUUCGGAGUCGCAGUCGCAGCCGGCACCGGAACUGAUCAACACUAGCAUCAAACAGGAGCCGGACAUCAAGCAGGAACAGAUCUCCGAUAACGAAAUAAAGUAUUCCAAAUCACGUCACAAUUCGCACUCCUCCAACGAGGAGCGCAAGCUGAAGACGGACUUUAAGAAGGAGUAUAACGAGUUCUUCAACACCGGCUACACGAACUAUGUGGGCGACAGCAGCUCGGCCAAGAUCAAGGAUUACUCUCCGGAGACGCGCAAGAAGCACAAGAAGAGCAAGAAGCGUCUCAAGUCCUCAGCCGAGAGCAGCUCCACCAUUACCGUUGCUCCUGCCCCUGCUGCAACGAGCAGCAUCUUCGAUGUGACCGAAUGCAAGCCCAACAAAUUCGACAGCUUCGAUGAGCUGAAAACGGAGCCGGUGACAAUCGCAGCUGCUCUGGAGGUGAACGCAAGCUCGGUGGCGGCCAGCGAGCGACGGAAGCACAAGGAGCGCAAAGAGAAGAAACGCGAGAAGCUGCGCAACAUGAGCGAAACCAAUGCUGCCGGCGGCUCUGUGGAGCAACUGAGCGAGAAGCUGUCCAAGGAGGAGCGUCAUCGGCUGAAAAAGUCGAAGAAGUCCAAGAGCUUGGAUACAUCUGCCCGAUUGUACAAUGUGAAUGCGUCCAAUGCCUCCCCACCGACGCCCACCACGUUGAGCACACCGGCUCGAGACUCUGCCAAGCGCAGUGAGGACAAAAUGGAGGACAUCUUCGGUAUUAUCUCCGAUGAGGAAGAGGACGAGGAGGAAUCGCAGUUGACCGACGAUCAGCCCGACACGACUAAGGCACAGCUCUCCACCACUGGACCCAUGGUGUCCGCUGCACUGCAAACGUACAAGCAGGAGCCGCCUCUGCUCAGCCACAACAGCAGCAACAAGGAGCCGGCGAUACAGCAACAGCAGCAGCAGCAGCAGCAACUGCAACAGCUGCAGCAUGAGGAGCUCGAAGUGGAGCGGAGUGAACGCGAGCGACAUCGCAAAGAGAAGCGCGAAAAGAAGCGACGCGAGAAGUCAGCACGCGAGCCAAAGCAGCAGCAGCAACAGCAACUACAACAGCAGCAGCAGCAGCAGCAACAACAAAAUGCCAGCAAACUGGACGACGACAAUAGCGUCGAUAUGGAUGAGGCGGGCCGUGCGUUGGAGGCGCAGCUUAUGGACGACUUUGAUAGCAACAAGAUGCCCGAGGAUGCCACGCCCUCCACAGCAACCACCUACCGCAGCGAUAUGACGGACGUUUUCCGUUUCUCGGAUAACGAGGACAACAACUCCGUCGAGCAGCAGCAACAACAGUUGCAGCUGCACUCGCACUCGAGCGAGAAGCAGUUGGAGUCCAAGGAAUCGGUGCACAAGAGCAAGGACAAGAAGAAGAAGAAGAAGCGCUCCAAAGAGGAGAAACAAGAGAAACUCGACAAGCAGCAACAACAACAAUUGCAGCUGCGUCGUGAAUCAGCUUGUUUGCCACCAGCAACAGCUGCUGCACCAACAGCAGCUGCCGGUUCCUCGACUAGCUCGCUGACUAUCAAUGUGCAGGCCGCCUCGAAGCAUGCCGAGGAGCAGCUGGAGAAGGAAUCGAAGCACAGUUCUCCACUCUGCAAGCCGUCGCCCAGUUUGCCCUGUCUCAUUGGCGACGAUGAUGAUGAGGAGCCGCCAAUAACGACGAUGCCCGUCAUCAAGCCCUCGUCAGCUAGCAGCAGCAGCAGCAACACGAACAGCAAGAGCAAUCGGUUGAACUCCUCCGAUGCCCUCUCGCCGGCUCGUGAGAAGCCACGCCUGAUCAGCCCCAUACCAAAGACGCCCACCAUUAGCCAGAGCAACAGCUCCAUGCUGUCCACACAGUCAGCGGAAACGCCUGUCAGCAGUGGUGCUGCGCCACUGGUCACCACGCCCACAUCCUCAACAGCGGCUGCUGCUGUCGAGUCGAAGAACGCCAUAGAGAGCAGCUCACCCACCAGUGCAGCCCUGAAUAAGAAGAAGGAGGUCUUCAUACCCGGCUUCGAUGGUCAGCUGGACUAUAAAAUAAGCGAGUCGGCGGUGCAAUCCAUAUCGGCAGAGUUGAAUAGUGGACUGCUCGACGUAUUGGCCAAUGAGCCCAAGAUACCAGUUGCCUCGCCACCUGGAGCUAUCAAGACGCUGGACAAGCUGGAGGACAGCAAAUCCCGAGUUACCAUCUCACAGGAGGAGACUGAGAGCGCUGUGUCCGCACUGCUCGGUGAAAGCUUUGGCACAUCCUCAACGGCAGACUACUCGCUGGAUGGCAUGGAUGAUAUGACCCCAACGGUUUCGGAGGUGGCUGUCGCCGAGCCCGAUGAGGAGGCAGCACUCGCUGCCAAGGCGAUCGAGGCAGCUGUCGAAGAGGCUGCCACAGAACCAGAACCUGAACCAGAGCCUGAACCCGAACCCGAAGCUGAACCUGAACCUGAACCGGAGCCAGUUGUCGUCUCCGUGGGCGUAGUGCUCGAUGCCGAGGAAGUGAACAAGGCGGUGCAGAGUUUGCGCAACGAGGACAUGGACAUCAAGGCGGACACGCCACAAUCCGAGCGCGAUCUGCAAAUCGACACAGACACCGAGGAGAAUGCCGACGAGGCGGACAGCAGCGGACCCAGUCUGAAGAUCGACGAGACCGCACCACAGAACAGUGGCUCCGACAAGUCAACGUCGAGUGGUGCUGACAAGUCCCCUGAGCCGAGCAGCGAGUCCAGUACACGGUCCAGGCAGACAGUCGAGACUGCGCAGCCCACCGUCAUAACCAAGCUGCCGACUGCAGUGCCAGUGCCGACAACAGUUGCAGCCGCAUUGCUGCCCAAUGCCAGCAACAGCAGCAGCAGCAGCAGCAGCACUCCAACCAAGUCGACUGCGCAGCAGCUGCUGAAGAUUGAGCCGCCAACCAUUAGCAAGUUGCAACAGCCACUCGUGCAGCCAGUGCAAACGGUGCUCCCAGCACCGACAGUAUCACCAUCGGCAGCACCAGCACCAGCACCAGCAGUGGCAUCAGCAGCAACAACAACUACAGCAGUAGCAGCAGCAGCAACAACAACAACAUCAACUACUGCUGCAGCAACAGCUGUGCGACCGGCAACGCCCGUCAUCAACUUGGAUCUGUCCAAUGUGAUGGCCAACUGCUCCAAUGCAACAAGCAGCAACAGCUCGGCCUCGCUGUCCUUUGGCAGUCCAACAACGACGCAGAAAGCAAUGCCACUGGCCUCCACGCCCAAGCAAACGCCAGCAACAACCCAGCAACAGCAACAGCAUCAGGCAAUGCCGCAGCGCACGCAAUCGCUCAUCAUGCAGCCGCCGACAAUAUCUAUACCGGAUCAAACGCCUCAUUUUGUGGUGCCGCAUUUGAUAUUGUCGCCGCAGCAGCAGCACCACCAACAACAACAACAGCAACAGCAGCAACAACACCAACAGCAAGCGCCUCCUGGCACCUAUCUAAUGGGCAUACGAGCGCCGUCGCCGCAUAGUCCGCUGUUGUCUCCGGGACGCGGCACGCCCAAUCGCCAGCAUAGUCCAGCCGCCCGCCAAAUAGCGCCAGCACAGCAGCAACAUCCGCUGGCUUCGCCUACAGGCAACAGCAACAUGAACAUGAGUCCGUUGCCCAGUCCCACAGCGCGUGGAGUUGCCACAACCACGACGACAUCGCCCACAACCAGCGGCAAGAUGCCAACACCUAACAGUUACCUUCCACGCCCACCGAUGCAUCAGCAACAACAACAGCAGCUGCAGCAGCAGCAACAACACCAGCAACAAUCUUCACCGGGCAGCAUGCCCAAGUCUGUCAUUGAGCUGCAAUCAGGCGCAGGAGUUGCUGCUGGCCAGGGGCCACAAUUGCUGCCGAUGCCGUUGCAGAAAAUGCCGCCAUUGCCCGUGCCGCAUCACCCGACAAUCAUUAGCAAGGUUGUCACCGUGCAGCCACAGCAGGCGAUACAGACACAAGUGGCCAGCUCGCCGCCCAUGGGUAGCCUGCCGCCGCAUAAGAAUUUGCAUGUGAAUGCCCAACAACAUCAGCAGCAGCAGCAACAACAACAACAACAGCAGCAGCAGCAGCAGCAACAACUGUCUCCACAAAUGUUGUCUAAGAUGAACGUGCAUCAGCAACAGCAACAGCAGCAGCAGCAGCAUCAACAACAGCAACAACAACAUCAGCAACAGAUGCAGAAGUUCAUCCAUGCACAUCAACAACAACAAAUGCUAGACCGCAAGCAACAGCGACAACAGCAUAUGCAGCCACAGCACCAACAGUUGCACCAGCAACAGCAGCCGCAACAACAACACCAGCAGCAGCAAGGACAUCCACAACAACAACACUUGCAGCAGCAAAUGCAACAUCCGCCAUUGUCACCGGGUCAUCAUCAUGCACAUCCUACGCAACAGCAACAGCAGCAGCAACAUCAAGCACGCCAGCAAUAUCAGGCGCAACAGCAGCAACAUCAACAGCAGAUGCAACACCAACAUCAGCAGCACCAGAUGCAUCAACAACAACAACAACAACAGCAGCAGCAACAGCAGCAAUUGCACAUACAAAAGCUGCAACAGCAAUUGCAUACAGCGCAUCAGCAACAGCAUCAGUCGUUGACGCAUUUGACACCGCAGCCGCCUGUGUUUACACAACAACAACAACAGCAGCAACUGCCACGCAACGUGCAACAACAACUGAGCCCAACGGGCAUCAAUCCCAGUGCACACAGCUCGCACAGUCCACAGGCGCAGCAACAGCAGCAACAGCAGCAGCUGCAUACCGCUGCCAUUCUGGUACGUGCGCCCACUCAACAACAGCAACAACAACAACAGCAGCAACAGCCGCAGCAGCAACACCAACAACCACAGCAGCAACAACAACAGUCGCUCAAUGUUAUACAGAGCGCGCCAGCAGCACAAAAAAUAAUUGUGCAGCAGCAAAUUGUGCCUGCACCAACAUCGAUGCACUAUCCGCCGCCACCGAAGGAGACGGCGCCUGCUGUAGAGUCGCCCGUGCUGCCGGUGAAGACUUCGGAGAGCGUUUCCGUAAUACGUACGCCCACGCCCACCAUCAGCCUGGCCAACUCGCCGCAGGCAACAAAGGUUGCAGCAGCAGCAGCGGCGGCAGCAGCAGCAGCUGCUUCUCUGCUGACCGAGGAGAAUGUCAUCAAGAUCUCCCAGCCCAAGCAGGAUGAGCUAAUCGAGCAGGACUCGAAGGAGGUGGACAGCGACUACUGGUCCGCCAAGGAGGUGAACAUUGACAGCGUCAUCAAGAAGCUUGAUCCGGCAACAGCUGCUGCAGCAGCAGCGGCCGCAGCUGUCAAGGACGACAACCAGAACAAACGAGCAGCAACACAAAUGCAGCAGCAGCAACAGCAGCAGCAGCAGCAACAACAGCAACAGCAACCACCUGUAACUGAAUUGGCCUCAGCUGAAGCAACACCUUCGUUGCCCAGUGAGCCGCCAGCAACUGCAACAGCUGUAACUGCAGCAACAACAGCACCAACAGUUGCUGCCAAUGUCAGCUCCAAUGAUCAUGAUACCGAGGAUGAAACCGAGACGCGUCAACUCACGGUGAAAGCUCUCAAGCAACUAGGUCGACCGCCAAGCGCGCGUGGCACGGCAGCCAAACGUGGACGUCAGCCACGUGGCGCCAAGGCCAAGCAAGCUGCCGGACUGCCAGCAACAGUUACGGAGCCCAGUCCGUUGCUGACGCCGGGCGACAACGGCGUGCACACACGCCUGCGGAAGCCUGUGGCGGCGCCAGUGACGCGCGGACGCAAGGGUAGACCGCCGCGGAACUUGUUGCUGCAGCAACAGCAGCUGCAACAGCAACAGCUGGCCCAACAGCAGCAGCUUGCACAGCAGCAACAGCAGCAGAAGGAGCCUGUGCCGCCUGCACUUUUGACAAUGCCUGUGCCCACAGCCGCUGAGAAGAAGGCCAGGAAUCAGGCAUUGACACAAGCCAGCGGAUCCAGUCAGGAUAUAUACGAGUUCCAUGACGAUGUUGGCGAUGCUGAGCCAAAGAUAAAGGCAACUCCAGUUGUUGCCACAGCGGCAGCACCUGCUGCCGAUGACCCGCGACCGCGACUCAUACUGACCAUCAACAAGCUGAAGAAUAGCAGCGAACUGGAGAGUCAAGCGGAAGCGACGCAGCCACAACAACAACAGCAGCCGCAGCAGCAGCAACCACAGCUGGAGCACAACACGGACAGCUCGGAGUCGUGCAAUACGCGUAAGUCGCGCCGUCUGCAAGAGAAGGAGGAUCGCAGCACUGUGGACGAUAUCAUCGAGGAUGUAGUGCGCAACACUAAUACACAACAGCAGCAACAACUUCAGCAGCAAUUGCAACAACAGCAGCAGCAACAGCCGCAACAACAACAGCAGGCGCAGCAACAACAGCAACAGCCGCAGCAACAAUUGCCCAAAGGAGCGCAAACGCCACCGCGACGCUCCGGUCGCCAUGCGCAGGCUAAGAAACCGGAUGCUGUACAAACGCCGAAUGCGGUGGGCAGACCUCGACGCUCCAAGGAACGGAAGACCAUAUGUGAGCCACCAGCUGGCUUGCAGGAGGAGGCGCAGCCACUGUUGCUGCCGCCACCUGUGGCCCCAGCACCAGCAGCAGCGCCAGCCCCAGCACCAGCAACUGCACCACCAGCAGCAGCAGCAGCUGUUGUUGAACCACCAGCAGCCACACCUAUGCAGCUGCAACAGCAACAGCAGCCACCACAGUCAGUCGCUCCGCCGCACAUUACCCAUGUGCCCGAGGUUAAGGAAACACCGCCAGCUCCUCCUGUCCAGGCAAUUGCACCACCACCCGCAGAGCCGCUGCCACUGCCUCCUGUUGUGGUGUCGAAGCCAACGCCGCAGCAUCCCAAGAAGAAGGCGAUUGCAGCAGCCGAAAUCGAGUCCUAUCAGGCCAUCAAUUCGUCCAUGCCGCCCAUGCAUCAAACGGCCGCUCCGGCGGCCACACAGAAGAUCACAGGCGGCGCCGCAGAUGCGGUGAGCAAGGCGCUGAUUGAUCCGGUUACGGGCGUCAUUACGGCGGGCAUGCCGCAGGGCAAGGAGGGCAAUUUGCCGGCUGCCAAUGCAGCGGCGCCAGCUAACAGCAGCAAUGAGGUGACGCCACUGCAGCAACAGCAGCAGCAACAUCAACAGCAGCAGCUGCAACAGCAACAACAGCAGCAACAGCUGCAGAUCAGCGCCACAGUCAUAGCGCCAGCCACGCCCAUAACAACGCUGAGCAAGCCUGUGCAGUUGCAAGUGCAGGAGGCAGCGGCAACAUUGCUCAACAAGCCGGUCAGUGUGCUGGUCAAGAGUAAUGCACCGCCCACCCAGCCUACGCAAAUCAUACUGCAGCAACAGCAGCAGCAGCAGCAACAACAACAACAACAGCAGCUGCAGCAGUUACCUCCGCAGCCACAACAACAACAUGUUGCGCCCAACAAGCAGCCGCUGGUGAUGACAACUGUGCUGCAACACGCACAGCACACAACAGUGCGUCCACCGCAACCACUGAAAGCGCACGUGCUCAAUCGCGAAAAGAAUCUGCAACAGCAACAACAGCAGCAGCAGCAGCAACAACAACAGCAGCAGCAGCAGCAAUUGACACCCAGCAAACAGCAUCAGCAACCGCCUCAUCCCGGUCACAUGUUGCUCACAGAUGCAGCCGGCAAUCAACAAUUGUUGCAGCCAAAUCUCAUAGCGCGCCACAUGCUUGGCCAACAGCAGCAGGCGCAGCAGCAGCAGCAGGGACAACAGCAACAACAACACUUGCUGGUCAAUAUACCACCACCCACAGCGCAUUCGCCCCACUCGCCACGCAUUACAGCAGCACAACACGUGCAGCAGUCGCAGCAGCAGCCACCCAAUGGACCACAGCAGCAACAGCAACAGACGCUGGUCAUCAAGCAGGCCACAGCAACAGCAUCAACUGUGCAUCCACAAAUACUGCAUGUGGUAAGCUCGAAGGCUUCAGUGUUGCCCGCACAACAGCAGCAGCAGCAGCAGCAACAACAACAACAACAGCCGCCGCAGCUACUGGCGAAACAGAACUUUGGCUAUGCGCAGCAGGCGCCAGCACAGCAGCAGCAACCACAGCAACUGUACAAGCAGAAGGCGCCGCAGCCGGUGGUGCAGAUGCCACCGCACAAUCUACUGCUACCCGCACAUGCUAAUCUGCUGUUGCAGCCAAAGCCAGCCGCGCAUUUGCAGCCACAGCAACAUCAGCUGACUCCAUCGCCACCGCCGAACAAGCCCAUUUCAGUGGUGCACAGUCUGCAGGCGGUGAGCCAGAUGCUGCCCGGCAGCGUGGGCAGUCCGCCGCCAAUGAAACCAGGCCAACAACAGCCCAAUGCGGCAGCAGUUUUGCGCACGGCCAUUCCGAACAUCAGUCCGCAGGGACAGCCGCGCGUUCCGCCGCUGGUAUUGCCAUCAGGCAUGCCAGGCGUGCCACCCUUCGACGCCAGCAUGCAUGACUUGGGCGCCUAUGUCAGCGGUCGGCGCACACAGAGUCCUCCGCCAGCGCAUCAGCAGGCAUCGCCCAUAACACCGAACGACACGGCCUAUCGUGGUAUGACUGCCAUGCUAUACCAGCAUCACAUGAUGCGCAGCGGGGACUAUGAUGACAAGAUGAUCAGCAGCAGCCCGCCAUUGGAGCUGCGUCGUCCAGGCAGUGGCCCGCCACGCACCAUUGCCGUGCCGCACAGUCUACAAAGUCCACAGGAUCGCACCGCAGCGGACUCCCCGCAAAUGGCCCAAGUCUAUGUGCACAAUACUCGGAUACCCCACGCCCACUUCAGCGAGAUGGCUACACGUGGCGGGUACUACGAGAGUAGCGGUAUACAGUUGGAGCCACCGCCGGCGCAUCGUGCUGCCGCUUCGAUAAGUGUGGUGGUGCCACCACCGCCGAACGUCGCGAGCGCCAGUCCGUACAUCAGUGGCGGUGCCUCUGUCUCCGUGUCCGUGCAGCCAGGUCCACAUAGUCUACAUCCCAGCCAGGCCAAGCUAUUGGAGCGUGAGCGCGAGCAGCGUGAACGCGAAAGGGAGAACGAACGCCUGUCCAUGGUGGCAGCAGUUGCCAAACAACAGCAGGAACACUUGUCAGCCUCGGUUAUGCACGGCGGCAUGGAGCUGCCUGCUCAGCCACCGCCGGCAGCAAUGGCACCACCGCCGGGUGACUCACUGGUCACGCUGUUGCAGCGGUAUCCGGUCAUGUGGCAAGGCCUGUUGGCUCUGAAGACAGAUCAGGCGGCUGUCCAGAUGCACUUUGUGCACGGCAAUCCAAACGUGGCGCGCGCUUCGCUGCCCAGCAUGGCGGAGAGCACCACGCCCCAAUUGCGCAUUGCGCAGCGUAUGCGACUCGAACAGACUCAGCUGGAGGGCGUGGCCAAGAAGAUGCAGGUGGACAAAGAGCAUUGCAUGCUAUUGGCGUUGCCUUGUGGGCGCGAUCAUGCGGAUGUGCUGCAGCACUCGCGGAAUCUGCAGACCGGCUUCAUUACAUAUCUGCAGCAAAAGAUGGCCGCUGGAAUUGUGAAUAUACCCAUGCCGGGAAGCGAUCAGGCAGCAUAUGUGGUGCACAUAUUCCCCGCCUGCGAUUUUGCCAAUGAGAAUCUGGAGCGUGCUGCGCCCGAUCUCAAAAAUCGUGUUGCCGAACUGGCUCAUCUAUUGAUUGUCAUUGCCACCGUAUAAAAAUGCGAAGGCAUACACCCUCUGAUCUACAAAAAUCAACACGAAUGUGACUAUUAGAAAAACUAUCUGCCAUGUCUCUGUAAAAAUAACUGCUAGAACAACAACAACAACUGAAAAGAGAAAAACACAUGUAAAGUAAACAACCAACCAAUACAACAACAAAUAACUACCAACUACAACAAAGCAAAAACAAGUUACGCUCUUCUAGUAUAUUAAGUAAUUUUAAAUAGCGUUUAAACAAAACAAAAGUUUAAAAAAAAAGCAAAACUAAAAUCUAAAAAAAAGUAAAAAGAAGAUGAACACAAAAUGCAAACUUUAUUGAAUUCAAAUGCAAGAGAGAGAGUAAAGGGCGCAAUCAAUCAAUCAAGUUUGGUUGAUUGGCCACUAACAAAAACCAAUGUAAAUCCGUUAUACAAAAAAUACCCAGAAAAACUCCUCAUAUACCCUCACAUAUAAUAUAUAAAAACAAAGAGAAAAAACGCACUUAAAUUGCAUAAAACUAUGUUUGUCAAAAUUCUCGUUUCUUUUCUUUUCAUUAACAUAAUACAUAUAAAUAAUUUUAACAACAUUUUUGAAAGCUUGCAAAGUAUCGUUAAGUUUGAUCUCAAGAAAGUGUUUAUAUAUUUUUUUUUUGCAUAUAAUUUAAAAUGAAUAUGAAAACAAAACGAAAAGUAAAUGUGAAAAGAAAAGAAAGCUUAAGCAAAAUACCUAACUGUUUACUGUACUACAUACUACUUACUAUCCAUACAUACCCACAUAAAAGCAUAUAUACCUACUAUCCCUAUUCGAAAGGAUGAUAUAAAACAAGACACGUUUAAGUUUUCGAUUGGUGAACAACAUUUCACACACACACAGAGACAGAUAAAGACAAACACACAUGUAUACACUCACCGCUCGCAAUUUACAAAGUUUCAAUGCUCUUAAUUAAGUUUCGUUUCUAUUUUUAUGUCUUAAUCAAUUUCAAUUUAAAUUUCAAUUUUGUUCCUCGGCUCCAUGUGUUGCGCGCCUUAGCCGCCCGUGUCGCAUUGACCCGAAGAACGCCGCAAGCGCCACCUGUCGCCAACUGCUGUUAAGCACAAUUAGGUUUAAAGAUGCGCCCAGAGGCUUUUUCCUAAAAUUACAAACAUAAUAAAAAGUAGAUUAACCCACAUACAUACACACACACACAUGCAAACACACAUUUAUAUACGAGCACAUUUAUACACAUACAACUACAUAUAUAUAAAUUACACUUAUGAAAUAUCUAUUUAAUUAUAAACAAAUAUGUGUUAAGCCAAAUAUUUUAAUGUCUAGAGACAAGAUUUGUUGCUUCAAUUUUUAGCUUUUGCACGGGGCACGAGGCGACGUUGUCCUUUGUGCCGCCUGUUUCCCUAUUUACACUCUCUCUCAACAGAUUUGCUUGAAAAAUUACAGUCAAACAGAAACAGCGACAACUAUUACAACAACAACACCAUCACUGCCACAACACUGUACAAGAAACUAGUUCAAGCAAAGUUGGGUGUUCUUUUUAUAUUUCUUCAAUGUUUAGUUCUCUAGCAUGAAACUUUGUAAAUUGCCAGACAGGUAGAGCGUAUAUAUACAUCUAUAGAAACAACACACAUAUAUACUUGUAUAUAUAUAUUCAUAUAGAUAUAUAUAAACAUAUAUAUAUAUAUCAAUAUAUAUAAAUGAAAAUGUCCCCUCUGUACACUCCUUAAACUUAAACGUUUUCACACCCAAUUGUAAAUUAUGUGACGAUGAAAAAAGAAAACAAGAGAAAUAAGAAAAGAAAAUGAAAGAAUUAUACAAGUAAAAGCAAAAAGAAAUUUGUAAAAUAUUUAAAUUAUUUAGCGUCUAAUCAAUAAUUCAUGUACAUGUAAAUACAGUUUAAUUAGUGUUUAGCGCGUAUUUAGUUGUAUGUUUUAAAACUAAACUCUGUACAUUAUAUAACACGAUAAACAAACAAAAAUAUAUAUAUAUAUAAAUAUUACGAUUAUGAGAAAGAGAUCAGAGAAGUAAAAAAAAUCGCAAGAAUAAGAGAAAAAAGUAAAACCAUUUUUGUCAGUAAACACAAGAACAGAAGAAACGCUAUUGUUUUAAGACAUUUUUAGUUAUUUUUAAGUUAAUUAAUGAAAAAACGAUAAAAUUACACUUAUUUCUAAGUGAAUUAAUAAACCAAUUCAAUAAACUUUUUCUGUUAAA